UCCUUGACGGGAAACAACAGCGAUGGAGGGCUUUCCACCACCGAUUUACACGGCGCAAGUCGAUGCAAAGACCAAACUUGACGAGAAAGUGGAUUACUCAAACCUCCCUUGCCCUGUCAUCUAUGAGGAAAUCCACCGUGAAGCUCACAGCGCUUUAAAGCCAGACCUAUUUGAGGGUUUCCGCCUCGACUAUAACAAGUUCUUAAACCAGAAGUUUUUUCUCAGCCAUAGCGUAUUGAUGGGACCAACUGAGGUUCAAUCUCCAUCAUCCGAAAUAUUCAAAAUCCCAACUUCCAAUUAUGAAUUUGGUGCUAAUUACGUUGAUCCAAAGCUAUUGCUUAUCGGAAGGAUCACAACGGAUGGUAGACUAAAUGCGAGAGUCAAGUACGAUUUAACUGAUAAUUUUUCCAUCAAGGCUAAUGCUCUGCUGACAGAUGAACAAGAUAAGUCGCAAGGCCACUUCACCUUUGAUUACAAGGGGUCAGACUACAGAACUCAGCUUCAGUUUGGAAACAAUUCCCUUUAUGGAGCUAACUAUAUUCAGGUAGCUUUUCCCUUUAUCCCUGGACAAGCUUUGCAUGUGACACCACACCUGUCUUUGGGUGCUGAGGCUUUCUGGCUUGGUCAGCAACUGAUGUCGGGCGUUGGUUAUGCAGCUCGAUACGAGACUGACAAAAUGGUUGCCAGUGGGCAAGUUGCUUCCACUGGUCUGGCUGUCAUGAACUAUGUUCAUAAGGUUUCAGAGAAGGUGUCUUUUGCUACGGACUUCAUUUACAACUUUUUAUCACGAGAUGUUACAGCUAGUGUAGGGUAUGACUUCAUUUUUAGACAGUCUCGAUUAAGAGGAAAGAUCGAUUCAAAAGGUGUUGCAGCUGCUUACCUUGAAGAACAACAUGCUAGUGGACUCAGAUUUCUUCUAUCUGCGGAGUUGGAUCAUGUGAGGAAGGAUUACAAGUUUGGUUUCGGUGUUAACGUCGGUUAAUUCCAUAGAAAGGCCUCCUCAAGAUUUGGUAUUUUUUGCUGUUUAAUUUUUUCAGAUUAGAUUUUUUUUAGUGUAUUGCUCCCAAUAAUAUAAGCCAAGGAGGUUU